ACUGUGGGAGGUUUGUUUACCUCUGUUGCAAUGGCGACCAUCACUGAACUCAAGUGUGCUGUGAGGGACACGCUGGAGUCCCGGGGUGUGCUGGGCCAGCUGAAGGCUCGUAUCCGGGCGGAGGUGUUCAGCGCCCUGGAGGACCAGCGGGAGCUUCGGCCCCCCCUGUCCCACCAGAACCUGCUGAUCAACGAGCUGAUCCGGGAGUACCUGGAGUUCAACAAGUACAGCUACUCUGCCUCGGUGCUCACUGCCGAGGCGGGACAGCCUGAUGUUCCCCUGGACAGACAGUUUCUGGCAAAUGAGCUGAAAGUGGCAGAAGACGCAAGCUCCAAGUCUGUACCUCUCCUUUAUGGGCUGGUGUCACAUUUCCUGAACAGCGGCGGUUCUGAUGGAAAGACUCUUGUGCGAGGUGCGGCUGCUGGCAGCUCAGCUCCUGGACCUGACGUCUAGAAUAUGCAGAGUCACUGUGGCGACCUCUAAAUACAGCUUCUGCAGCACAUUGCUGGACUCAUCUUGAUGCCCUUUGUACAGAGUUUAUCCUCAAAGUUUUCCACAGGUAGCCCCGCAUCGAGUCGAUCAUUGGAUUGACUUCGUGGUGCUGCUUCGAGUUCGCCAACCUGUUAUUAGCUUAAAGUCAUGUUCAUCUGUUUUUUAUUGCAUUUUAUAAAUAUUGGAUAUUUUAUGCUCUGUUUUAGUAUUGUAAAAUAAAUGUUCUUCUAUUAGA